AUGUUGAGAUUCAUCUCGGGCAAGUUCAAACCAGUGAACCAGGACUUCAAUGUCUGGGACCACCCCCUCCCAGAGAUCUACGGCAUCAUCCUCGCUAUGUUUGUCAAGCUCGACCUCGUCAAGUGCCUCAAUAUCACCGAGGGUGAGCUCCUUGACUUUAUCAUUGAUGUCGACCGGGGCUACCUCGCCACCUACUACCACUCCUUCUUUCACGCCGCCGAUGUCACCGCCGUCCUAUACCGUAUCCUCCUCGACAUGAACGCAUCUCAAUACCUCUCCAAACCAGACAUGGCUGCACUCCUCCUUGCUGGCCUCUGCCACGACAUUGGUCACCCUGGACUGAACAACCUCUUCCAAGUCAAUGCAAAGACAGACUUGGUCAAGCAGCACGGAGAGACAUCAGUCCUCGAAAAGUACUCUUGCUCACUAGCAAUGGAUCUGAUCGACAAGCACAAACUGUUCCGCAACAUCGCCUCCUCCCCCGCCGGCAUCCUCCCCGAGGGUAACCACGCCACCGAGCAAAGCAUGAAGGAGUCGAUGGUCAAGGCCAUCAUGGCAACAGACAUGUCAUUCCACUAUGACAUGCUCAACAACCUCAACAGCCUCAUCGAGUUCACCUCAACACCCUCCUCCUCCCCCUCCAGCUCAGACGCCGAGAACGAAUCCGACUUGGAUCACGACAGCGCUCCCUCUUCCCCUACCGACAUUAACAUUCCUUCUUCUCUCCUAACCCCUGCUCCAACGACAACAACAACGACAACGACCAACGAGUCGUUGCAGGCUCGCCUCGAUGGCGCCGUCUGCCACCACAGCCACUCUCACGGCCAUCCCACUCCCAACCACCGCCGACAGUUUUCUGCAUCCUCCACCUCAUCUGAUUGCUCCGACGUUUCCGUUGACUCUGACACAUCUUCCCAGACUUCUCGCAGCAUCACCGGUGCCAGCUACAGAUCGGCUUCGGAGCUCACCCCCGAAUUGCGCCAGAACCUAUCCAACUGUCUUCUCCAUGCUGCUGAUAUCUCCAACGCAGUCAAGCCCUGGACCUUGUGCAAGCGAUGGUCUGAUCUGGUUGUCCAGGAGUUCUUCCGACAGGGCGACAUCGAGAAGACACAGCACUUACCCAUCUCACCCAAUAUGGAUCGCAACCAACACCACCAGCCUCAAAUCUCAUUGGGAUUUAGUGACUUUGUGGUGCGGCCUUACUUUGAGAGCUUUGUCGAGUUCUUACCGGAGGCUUUCCCUUUCUUGGCGGCUCUGACGAACAACCGAGAGCAGUGGGUCCUCAUGCAGAAGGCUGUUGUUGAGGCUGAGAAGGAGCGAUCUUCUGAAGCCGUCGAAUCUGGCCCAGUUACCAAUGGAGAGACUGAUACCCAUUUCAAUGUCGACACCUCAGGCCCCGAUUCCGCCGCAGAAACCAAGGAUCUCCAGCGCGUCAAUUCCCCCCUCCCCGCCCACCUCACCUCUGGACGUCGUGUCUCUGUGGCGGCGGGUGUGCUUGUUCUGGAUGAGACAAGGCCGAUUCGACCUCCACCGCGGAGAUUACGCCAUUCGACAAAUGCGGAGGCAUCCCAGGGUCAUAUACUACGCAAGAUGAAGCGGUCGCAUUCAGGACGGGCACUAUCGUCCUGCCUACGAGAUUUACAUGUCCUCCAUCCGCGUUCGAUACAGGCAGUCGGAAAGACGGUUGUUAGUCAGGAAGCCAUUGUUACGGCACUCAAGCGGGAGGUGGCCCUGGCAGGCAAGGAGACCAGCGUCAACCUGACCAGCGUUUCGAAUGGAUCCACGCCCGAAGGAUCUCCCACAGGUCACGCGGAAGCGCUCCCCAUGCCAUCAUCCGCCCUGGAUCCGGGCUUCACAACCAAAUUGUCGAACAUGAUUGGCACCUCUUUGCCCAAGCACUCGGAGAAUACUACACCUCAGCCACCUUCGCCACAGCCGGCACAAUACCGCCGUCGUCGCCACGGCAGUCUUCAGAUCGGAACACAGCAUCAGAGCAUCCGACAAGAGUACGGAGAUGGGUACAUCUUUGACGAUGAGGACCACUCGUCUGGAAGGAUGUGGGAUCGACGCGAUUGUGAGGAUCAACACCACGACCACGGGCUCGAGGGUUGGAACGGGAAUGCAGAGCAUAUACCCUCCGCAAUUCAUUCUGCAUUCCCCAAUUCCCGCCAUGCUCUUCUCCCUCCUUACUCCUACCCACAUCCUCACCAGCCCUUCACAGCUUCUACGACUCCUCAGACGACAGGACCUGCGACGUUUACGACUGUCGCCGCUGCUGCAGGAGCACCCCAGGCGACGGAGCUGACGAAGAUCCCCGAGCAGGUUGCACGCUUCCAGCCGGGCGAGUCGCCUCCACCGGCAUCUGCGACUCUCUCGUUGGCGUCGGGUCUUGCGAAGAACAUAAAUGUUCGCAGCAGCACCCCUGCAGUCAUGUCGGGCCAGAUCCAAUACGACUGGAGCCGUCCUCCUCUCCCUCCGACUGUUCUUCCUCAAGAAAUAAAUGGCGGUGGAUAUGGGCCAUUGGAUCAUGUCGUUGGCCAGCACGAAGGUCUUGCGCCCGCUGCAGCUGCAGCAUCGGUACCCAUUCUGACGUCCUUGGCGCUGAGUACGUCUGCCACCACUUCCAGCUCUUGGGAUUCAAAGUCAGAUCCGGUGGUUGAUAAGACAGCAGUUGCUCUUCCGGUGGCGGACUUGAGGGUGACGAUGACAGAGUCUGCCGAGGGGCCGAUGGGGUGUGUUGUUGGACAGACCAUGGACCUGCCUAUGGGCACUACUACGUCCACGAAUACGAUGGCAUCCAAGCCGAAGGUUGUGUCUAGAGCCGACUCCAGUGAUGGUGUUGUCAGUCUUUCCGCCGCUUCGUCCUCUGUAUCCACUACUGCCACUACGACGACGCUUUGA